GCCGCGCCCUUCCACUUAAUACGGAUCUAAUCGAUUGAAUCGUAGAGGAGGGAAGUGGACAUCUUAGCGGCCGUACGCCAUGGAAGGAGAAGUGAACGAUUCGAGCAAGGAGCGCUCUAAUUCCACUUGGGCUGAGGUGGUUUCUUCCGGACGCGAGGAGAACCGCGGGCGGGUGGCGGAGGGAGAUUCCAAUUAUUGUCAAAACCGAUGGGAUUUGACAAAGGAAAGAAGUGAGUUAAGAGAAGAUGGAGGAUGGGAGGCUGCUGGCAAGAAGAAACCACAUCAGCAGUCAAGCAAAAGGCCACAUAAGGUAGUAAUGGAGGCAUGGGGUGCAUAUAAGCAGCCCCCUAAUGAACAAGAAUACAUUGACGAAACUUCGGAUAAUAUAGGUUUACAGCCAAGUAGAGAGGAGCUUGAUGAUUUGUCACAAGCUUGCAAUAGGUUAUGGGAACUUGAUCUGGAUCGAUUGGUACCUGGAAAGGACUACAUGAUUGAUUGUGGCCGAGGGAAGAAGGCUUAUCAAAAAGAAGAUGUAGCAUCAGAUAGUUUGUUUUCCUGGCUGAGCAAUGAUGUAUUUAUGCGUCCAAUCUAUUCCCGUUUUUGUUCCCUUCUUGACAAUUACAACCCAUAUGUAGGGUGCAAAGAAGUUGUAACUUCAGAGGAGAAGCAUGAGCAGACUGCAUUUAUUGAGGAAAUAAGCAGGACGGCACCAAUUAAGUAUCUUUACCAUUACUUAGUGGCCAAGGACAUGAUCUCAUAUGAUUAUGAAAACUUCAAGAGAAUGAUGUUGGAUUUAUGGUUUAAUCUAUAUGAUCGAGGUGGCAGCUCAAGUUGCUCUUCUGCUUUUGAGCAUGUUUUUGUAGGAGAGAUCAAAGGGAGAGGAGACUAUGAAGUCUCUGGUUUUCAUAACUGGAUUCAGUUCUAUCUACAAGAAUGGAAAGGCAAAGUAGACUACCAAGGUUACAUUUUCCCGAGGAAGCAUGGAAAAAGUCCAGACUCCGAGACUCACCUGCUAACUAUCCAAUUCAAAUGGAACGGCAUCUUGAAGUCCGUCUCCACUUCUCUAGUUGGAGUGAGCCCGGAAUUUGAAAUUGCACUCUACACUCUGUGUUUUUUCGCCGGCGGAGUCGAUAACCAUGUUGUUCUAGGCCCAUACUCUGUCAACAUAAAGUGCUACAGGCUGGGAAAGGAUACAAUUGGUUCUGUUUUCCCUGUUGCCAAAGAUUAGUCACACGCAGGCUUCAGUAAACGGUUUUCUUUCAACAAUUUGCCAUCACUUUGUUGUUUAUUGGACAGUAGACACAAUGAUAAAGCAGUGGAAAGAUUUUAUUAUCAUUUUUUUUUGUUUUGCAAAGAUUCCAAAGCCUUAAUUUCUACCCCGAAAAGAAAGGUGUUGGAAGAGAAAUUAACUAUUUGGAAGAACUAUGUUUGGUCAAUUGGACUUUGGAAAGAAGAGUUUGGAAUAAAGGUGUUGGAAGAGAAAUCAACUAUUUGCAAGAAAGUAUGUUUAAUAACUUGGACAUUGGAAAGAAGCCUUUUUGGAAUGUUUACUUCAACAAUGAAUAGAGGAUGACUUUUUUUUA